ACGCUCAGUACGCGUUGAAAAUAGCUCGAGUUAGGUUCUAUACGCAAAAGAGACAGCUCAGCAAGGAUCUAGGACAAUGGUCAUUGAGACGUGGAAGAAGAGCGGAAUUGCCACAAAAUUUCCCACAUAUCGCAAUUCGGCGCUGGUGACAGUUCACAGCUGGCAGAAGGGCAAGCGUCAGGAUGAUGAGGCCGAAGGACUUUGGCGCAUUAAGGAUGGCAUUUACGAUUUUACGGAAUUCAUUGACAAGCAUCCAGGCGGCACCUUUUGGAUACGGGAAACCAAAGGCACAGACAUUACCGAAGCAUUUGAGGCACAUCAUCUAACCACGGCGCCAGAGAAGAUGAUUGCCAAGUACAAGGUGCGGGAUGCGGCCAAGCCGCGAAUCUAUACGCUGACCCUGCACGAGGAUGGCUUCUAUAAGACGCUGAAGGAGCGCGUGCGGGAGAAGCUGAAGACAAUAGACAAGCGGCCCAAGCGAAAAAGCGAUAUGAUCCAUCUGGGCAUAUUGCUCUCCACCUAUCUGUUUGCCGUAGCCAGUGCCAAGUAUGAUAGUCUGCUGGCAUUGGUUCUCGCAGGUGUGGCGCUCUGCUGGACGGUGAUAGUGUCCCACAAUUAUUUCCAUCGUCGCGAUAACUGGCAGAUGUACACCUUCAAUCUGGGCAUGAUGAAUUUUUGCUCGUGGCGCAUCUCGCAUGCCCUGUCCCAUCACAUCUAUCCCAAUUCCUACAUGGAUCUGGAGCUAAGCAUGUUCGAGCCGUUGCUCUGCUGGGUGCCCAAUCCGCACAUUAAGACCAAGGCGCUGCGCUAUGUAUCUUGGGUCACGGAGCCGCUGGCCUAUGCCAUUGCAUUCUUCCUGCAAAUGGGCAUGCGCAUCUUCUAUUCGCUGCGCCACACAAAUAUUAUGUACUGGCACGAUCUGUUGCCCCUCUCCAUACCCCUGGUCAUGUAUUAUGGAUCGGGCGGCUCGGCGGGCUUACUAUGUUGUCUACGGCUGUGGCUAUCGAUGACGUCCAUCGCCAGCUUUGCUUUUUGCGUAAUCGGUCUGAAUGCGGCGCAUCAUGACCCGGAGAUCUAUCACGAAGGCGAUGCGAAUCGUGAGGAUCGCGACUGGGGCCUGUUCCAGGUGGACACUAUAAUCGAUCGCGGCGACUUAAAAUGGUCACAAUUUCUCGUACUUACUCACUUUGGUGAUCAUGUGCUGCAUCAUCUCUUCCCCACCCUCGAUCACGGACUGCUGCCCGCUCUUUAUCCAGUGCUCUAUGAGACCCUCGAUCAGUUCAAGGGCGAGCUACGGGAAUGCAAUCAUAUUGAGCACAUGAUUGGACAGCACAAGCAGCUAUUGCGCACUGAACCCAAUCCCAGGGCACCUGGUGCUGGAAAAUAGAAUAUCUUCAACAUUGUAUGUGUGUGUGUUUGUAAAUGAAGGGAUCGCCGUAUGCAUUUGGGUUUAUAGCAUUAGAAGUGGAUGGGAUAGAAUUGUGCUCUUCAUUAGAGAAGAUGCCAUUUAUAUACAUAUUUUGUCUAAAAUGUUAAAACUACUCCUAUUAGAUAAAGAUUCAACAUAAAAUAUA